UGGUGGAAAGAAAAUUUUCGAGUUUCAAGGUUGACGUUUGACUAUAUAUGCAGAGCUGUUGGUCCUGUUAUCCGGCGGCAGGACACUAUUUUACGAGCAGCCAUACCAGUAGAAACAAGAGCAGCGGUAGGAUUGUGGAGGUUAGCGACCGGAGAUAGUUACCGUUCGUGUGGUUUGAUGUUUCGAAUUGGAAAAUCUACUGCGAUUGGAGUGUGCCAAGAUUUUGUGCAGGCUCUAUGCCAACUUAAGGAUGAAUUCAUUAAAUUUCCAAACACGACAGCUGCUGUGAGAGAAAAAAUCGAAGGUUUCAAAGAAAAAUCUGAUUUCCCUAACGUAGUUGGCGCUAUCGACGGUAGUCACAUUCCUAUCAAAGCACCAAUGAUAAAUCAUGAAGACUACUUCAAUCGGAAACGAUAUUACAGCUUCGUAGUCCAAGGAAUUGUCGAUGCGUCUGGUGCUUAUUUGUCUGUAUCUACAGGCUUUCCUGGUAGCAUGCAUGACGCGCGUAUAUUACGACUAAGUAAUUUCUACUCACUGGCAGAGGAUAAGCAAAUUUUGACGACGCCCUGUAUAGACUACGAGUAG